GCCACCAUCGCGAUGGGCGACAUCUACGAUUCGGCGUGCGACUCGUUGAGUCUGCUGGAGUCGCCGUGCCUGACCAAAGUCGAGCUGAGAGUGACGUGUAAAGGGAUGAGCGACCGCGACGCUCUCUCCAAACCCGACCCGUGCAUCGUGCUCAACAUGCAGUCGCACGGACAGUGGAUGGAGGUGGACCGCACGGAGGUGAUGCGCAGCUGCGUGAACCCGUCCUACUCCAAAGUCUUCACGCUGGACUUUUACUUCGAAGAGGUGCAGCGUUUGCGCUUCGAGCUCUACGACAUCAACAACAGCAACUUCAACGGUGUGAAGGACGCCGACUUCCUGGGCGCCGUGGAGUGCACGCUGGGACAGAUCAUUUCUCAGAGGAAACUCUCCAAAGCUCUGCUGAGGCCAGGAGGCAACGUGGGAAAAACCAUCGUCACGAUCACAGCGGAGGAGCUGACUGGGAAUGACGACUACAUCGAGCUUUCCUUUAGUGCGAGGAAGCUGGAUGAUAAGGACUUCUUCACUAAGUCAGAUCCGUUCCUGGAAAUCUAUCGUAUGAAUGAGGACGCCACACUGCAGCUGGUCUACAGGACAGAGACGGUGAUGAACAACUUGAAUCCGGUCUGGAAAACAUUCAAGGUUUCCCUCAACUCACUCUGUAACGGAGACCACGAGCGUAAGCUGCAGUGCACAGUGUGGGACUGGGACUCGAACGGGAAGCACGACUACAUCGGAGAGUUCGAGGCCACCUUCCAAGAGAUGCGGGGUGCCAUCGAAGGACGACAGGUGCAGUGGCCGUGUAUCAACUCCAAAUACAAAGUGAAGAAGAAGGGUUACAAGAACUCUGGCAUUGUCAUCCUCAACCAGUGCAAGAUUAUCAAGAUGCAUUCUUUCCUAGAUUACAUUAUGGGGGGAUGCCAGAUCCAAUUUACCGUGGCCAUCGACUUCACGGCGUCCAAUGGCGACCCUCGCAACAGCUGCUCUUUGCACUACAUCCACCCGUACCGACCCAACGAGUACCUAAAGGCGCUGGUCGCUGUGGGCGAGAUCUGCCAGGACUACGACAGUGACAAAAUGUUCCCAGCGUUCGGCUUUGGAGCUCGUAUCCCGCCGGACUACAAGGUCUCCCAUGACUUUGCGGUGAAUUUUAACGAGGAGAACCCCGAGUGUGCAGGUAUCCAGGGCGUGGUGGAAGCCUACCAGGCCUGCCUUCCCAAACUUCAACUCUACGGACCUACCAACAUUGCUCCCAUCAUACACAAAGUGGCCAACUCUGCCUCGCAAGAGGUUCACACCAAAGAGGCCAUGCAAUAUUUCAUCCUUUUGAUCCUGACGGACGGCGUGAUCACGGACAUGGCGGACACACGUGAGGCCAUCGUGCAGGCGUCUCACCUUCCCAUGUCCGUCAUCAUCGUGGGAGUGGGAAACGCAGACUUUGGAGACAUGCAAAUGCUGGAUGGAGAUGACGGGAUCCUCAGGUCGCCCAGAGGGGAGCCCGUGCUCAGAGACAUCGUACAGUUUGUGCCAUUCAGGAACUUCAAGCAUGCAUCGCCAGCAGCACUAGCUAAGACCGUGCUAGCCGAGGUUCCCAACCAGGUGGUCGACUACUACAACAGCAGAGGUAUCAAACCCAAAGUGGCCAGCCAGUACACCUCCAGAACCUUUGGACCAUGAGGGGCUCAGCCCGCUUCCGCAUAUCUGAAAAGCACAACUAAUGACCGCGAAUGACCCUUAAAUGACAACUAUGGACUGCUAACAAUAGCUAAAGACCUCUAGCACACACUUCUUUUCACUCAAAUGAAUACUAGCUAGCUGUAGCAUCUUAGCAUCUUUCGUGCAUGCCAGGCAGAGGAAAAUGUUGCACUGUGAACGGGCACGUUGCCGUGUUGUCUGGAAGUUUAGUGCACGCGAUGACAAGUCCACAUAUGUUUGGACACUUUUGUCUAAUUUCUUGUAGCUCGGGGCACCAAAACAUUGUGCAUGAGUUUGUGUUGUUUUUGCGUGUCGUAACAUGUGAGCUAGCAUGCUAGGUCAAAACAUAUCCUACUAACAUUUUACAAAAUGUCUGCCACCACCGCAAUAUGAUGCGGGCCUAAUGUCUGCUAGCACGUUAUGUCAAAACAUGUCGCAAAACAACAACGCUCCAUCAGCAUGUAUGUCAUUUUCAUCCAGCCACAAAAGUAUCGGUAGCUGGAAUGACAUGACAUAAUACAUUGAUUAAACAGAUAUCGGUCACCGCCUGUUGCAAAUUUUAUGCAACGCGUUUGUUUGUUAUGACAUAUUUGCUAGCAUGCUAGCAUGAAAGAUAUUUGCUAGCACUUUAUGGAGUGUCUACUAGUGAUCUGUCCAUAUUUAUCUGAAGCAUUUGAUGAUAAGACCUGCAAGCGCACCAUGUCAGAGCAUAUUUGCAAGCAUAUUAUGAUAAAACACCAACUAGCGUGGUAGAUCACGACAUAGCCGCUAACAUAUUGUGACCAAAAUAGCUGCUAACAUGUUAUGAUUUAACAUAUCAUAUUUCAGAUUUGAUGAUAAAAUGUCUGUUCGUAUGCUAGCUCAAAACAUAUCCUACUAGCCUUUUAUGAAAUAUCUUCUAAUGUGUUGUGACGUAACAUACCCAUAGUAAGUGCUGGGAAAACAUACCCUCUAGUAUUUUUGUCAUAAAUUAUAUAAAUGACCUCUCGGACUCUAUGAUGUUGUAUGUGCUAGCAAUUUUGCUAGCACACACAAUAGGAUUUUUUUUUUUACAAUCCAACAUUUUGGAUGCUAACAUGUUAAGUCAUUAUAUUAGCUAGCAUGCUGGGUCAAAACAUCCGUUAGCAUUUUAUGCUUUAGCUAAAUAUUUUAUCCUCUGCUACAUGUCUGCUAGCAGUGUUUUGCUAGCAUGACAAAUGUAGACUUCCAAGCACAAUUUUUCUUAACCUAGACAAAAUGUUGUUCCAAUGGAAACCGUCGUGUUUGCUUCCAUUUUGAUGUGUUUGGAUCUCUUGUCUUCCUGACGGGCAUUUAGAAGCCUUUCGUCCUUCUUGAUGUGUGACUGUUUGAUACAAGAUGGCGGAUGGGUCAUGUUACCU